AUGAGAGCAAGUAUGAAUUGCUCCGGUUCCAUUUCUCCUGUGCGGAACCCCUCUCUCCUUGGGACCAUCAGUAACAGCGCAUCGGCGGUCCCCACAUCCGCUCGACCCUCCAGGCAUCUUCAUAGUAGUCUCCUUCACACCCCAACGCGUCGUUCUGCUCAUUCUUCCAUGACUGGGACAAGUGUCGAGACGGGUGCACCGAUAUUGCUUUCGCUUCUGGACAUUCACACCUUGCCGCUAUCGGGGCGACGUGGCGAGAGGAGGAACAAUUGUGGAAGCGGUAGGCAAACUGGUGGAACAAGAAGCGAUGAAGAAACGUCGUCACUCGUGGACUUCGAGCAUAUGACUGCAGAGGCGGAGGCGGCGGCUCUUACAAUGUCCCGGGCAGAGCUCUGCGACGCUGUUCUCGACCUUCGAACUAGGAUUCGUAAGCUGCGAAGCACCAUUAUCCGUGAGCGUGAGGAUGUGGCAAAGUUGCACGAGGGUAUGAGGGAAACAUACAAGGCUGCGGAAAGGGAAGGGGAGAGCAUAACAAAUCAGCUGAUGCGCCGGGUGGAUAAGGUUCGCCGCCAGAAGGCCCAACUGGAGGUUAGAUUGCAUAGGGAGGAGGCGUUGAAGUCGGAGCAAGCGCAGAAACUUAUGGAUCUAAAGGCCAGCAGCUUAAGCCUGGAGCGCCGGCUGCAACGCGAGGAGGAAGUAACGCUGGCAUCGAUGAACGAGCAGCUGGUGAGGCUUCAAAGUCAGCGGCAGCAUUUGGACAGCCUUCUUUCGGAGCACUCUUCACUUCAGCAAAUGCAGGAGUUUGUCGACCGUCUUCAAACACAGUCCACAAGUUGUGGCGGCAGUUUCCGACACUCUCUUGUGCACUCUUCCGCAGAUGCCGGUACGGGCCCCUGCGUCGAUUCAUCUCUUGUUACCACUCCCGACAUCACCGGAUCGUCUGCGGUUUCAAGUGUUGGCACUCAUUCACAAUUGCAUCGUCGCGUGGACAGUGGAGACCACCAGGAGAUUCUACAAUAUUUGAGGCAUGAGGUUUCAGUAGUGGAGGCUAUACAACGCGAAGCCUAUGAACAGGGCGAGCGGUACAUUGAGAAGCGUAAUGAACUUGAGCGGCGCAUCAUGCGAGCGGAGGCUGAACGGGAGAGCGGUCGCCGCACAUUCGGAGACCCGUAG